CUGCUUUAUUUCCUCCCCUCCAAACAAUCCCUUAAUUUCCAGAUUCAGACAUACAUUCUUCUUCUUCUUCUUCACCAAACGAACCAGUACAGAAAUGGCCGCCAUCUCCGCAUGCGCUACGACCUCCGUCCUCGCACGUGCCGCGUUCUUGCCCAAAUCUCCCGGAUCUCGUCCCUCCUCUGCUCUCGGGCUUCCGGCGAUGAGAGCGGCGGAGGGGAAGGUGAGAUGCUCGGCGGAGAGGAAGAGAGAAAGCGAGUCGAGAUCGGUUGGGACGGGCGGCGGCGGGGCAUCUCUGAUCGCGGCGGCGGCGGCGGCGUUGGUGACGUGCCCGGCGGCCAUGGCGCUGGUGGAUGAGAGGAUGGGCACGGAAGGGACGGGGCUUCCGUUCGGGCUGAACAACAACCUUCUAGGGUGGGUGCCGCUGGGCGUGGUGGGGUUAAUUUGGUCAUUGUACAUGGUCUACAUAUCCACCCUCGAUGAGGACGAGGAGUCUGGAUUGUCCCUUUGAGUCUGAACUUCUUCUUCUUCUUCGUCUUCUCUGUCAAAUUACUGAUCAUGUUGUAAAAUACUUUGGAUUCGGAUCUUACUGUAUUUCUGCAGACUCUUGAUUUUCAUAUCGAUCAUCAUCUUUAAUUUCCUUUUUUCUCCAUUGACUAAGUAAGUGAUCUUGCUCAAGUCAACCAAGUUAAAUAGAGCUUUUUAACUGAG